CUUGCAUGCAUCAUGCUGUUAAAACCUCAAACCCCAUUUGUUCAUCUGAUCUGAGGUCAAGUGCACUUUAUUUAGGGCAUAUUGUCAUUUAGGAGUGAGUUAAAAUUGGUUCCUUCAACAAAUGUUAGACUCUAAAACACCCCUCGGUAAUGAGAAGCUGCUUGUUUUCUGUUUCCUUAGAUAUAAUUUCUAAAAGCUUUCUAAGAUAUAUUUGUCUGCACGCCACUGCAGACAGACACAUCCAGCAGCGCAGAUCAAGGCUUCACUUUCAUGUGAGAAACAGAACGACCAUUAUCAACAACAGAGGAACAAUCUGAUAGAAUGAAAUCACCAACGUUUUUGACCUUUACCUGCUUUGUGUUGAUUCUUCCAUCUUUGAUUAUAGGUCAGGAAACACAACACAGUGUGAUGAACCGCCACCGGGUUUUUAAGGUUUAUCGGGGAAUGUCAGUCAAUAUCAGCUGUAACUACAACAAAUCUGAUGAAACUGAAACAUUUCAUGCAGCUCUACAUUUAAAUAGAAAUCAUAAAUUGUGCUCAUAUGUUAUUAAUACUACUAGUAAAACAGGUAUGCGUCGGUCAUGCAAUAGAGACAUCAGAUUUAUCUCGAUUACAGAUAGUAAAAAAAUAACAUUUGAGCUGUCAAAUCUUCAGAUAAACAAUUCAGGCACCUACAGAUGUAAUGUGUUUAGACAAAUACCUCCUCCUGUUAUCACUAUAGGAGAAAACAACACAACUGUUCAGGUUUUUGCACGUCCCCAUGUGUUCAUGUCAUGUUUGAAAGAGCCUGAUGGACAUCCCAUAAUUCUGUGCAGCUCUGAGGGGUUUUAUCCUUCUGAUCUACAGCAGGUGUGGUUGAGAGAUGGAGAAAUACUGAACAUCUCUCAUACACACAGCACUAUCAGAAACAAUUCAGAUGGAUCAUUUACCCUCCAUUCAUACUUAAAUUUAUCUUCUGCCACAUCUGAUCCUUUAAACUACUCCUGUGGGAUAAACCACUCAUCAUUAAACAAACAAGUUGUGCUCCAUCUGUCUCUUGCAAAUUGUAAUGACAGGAAACAGGGCGAUGUUAUUACAAAAACAGAGCAAUCUUUACAUAUAAGUAAUAAUAUGAAGAUUGCUCUGGUGAUCUCUGCAUUGCUGACUCUUAUCAUCUUGAUCAUGGCAGUAGUGCUGAAGCACUUCAGAAAAAACAACAACGGAUCUCCUGCAUCACCUAUACAGUUUAAUCUGCAGACAGAGGUUAUUUAUUCAAUGCUGGGUGAUGAUUAUACCGUCCCAUGCAACCACCCUAACCAGACAUCCACCUGCACAUUAAACACUGACUGAAGAGACACCAAACAAUGACUGACAGAAGAAAACUCCAUGGAUUGUUGUUCAGUUAAAUUCUGAAUCUCUUUCGGCAUACAGUGUGCAAAGUUUGUUUAGUAGUGAGUGACUUGGUCACUGUUUGAAAUGUAAGCUGUUUAUUUAGAAGGGUUAAGUUUGUCUUACGCAGAGGGAACUCUCUUUAGUGAGUCAACAGAUCGAAUUCUUGCACAAACUAUUAAAAACAGCUCAGUGUUGUCUGCAAAUUCAGAAAAUGUAUAUUUAGUGUGUGAUUGUUUAAUUCUCUA